AACCCCCUUCCUGGUCACCGAAGCCACGUGUGUUACCAGGAAGUUUAAAAAGCACUACAGCUCGAGAGAGAACAUACAGCCGUUAUUAAUAAUAACGCGCAGGAACAAAGGAAUCACAGAUCAACGCAUACAGUUGCUUGCACUUUCUUUUUAGCCUCCUGUGCGGUUGUGUAAUUGGCACCUUCUAUGUACAGGGCAAGCCGUGACAUGCCAGGGUGGCUUUGCUCAGGCAACGCAAGAUGGACCCCCAAUGGACGGGAAUUGGUACCGAGGAAACAGACUCUUUCAUGCCACACAUCACAAACAGGCUCAGUCUGGACUGUUACUUGGAUGGAUGCAAGAGGUUCCUACAGCUGACAAAGGAAAGGAGUUCUGAGCUUGUAGAGGUGGAAUUUCUCAGCCUCAGCAGCAAUGAAGCACUGAUCUCUCAAGCUGUGACUGAACUGCCUAUCUUCAGCAAGCUUAGAUGCUUGGUUUUGAAAGGUGGGCAUUUGAGAGAUGAGAUGGGAAGAUGUGAACAUGGACUGCUGACGUCUCUUCCUUCAGAACUCUGUAGACUUACAAACCUCUCCCUUCUGGAUCUCAGCUUCAACAGUUUUACGGAUCUGCCCUCCUGUGUCACAUCUCUUAGCAGCCUCUCAGCACUCCACCUAAGCUAUAAUCAACUCCAAAAGCUGCCGGACGACAUCGGUAAUCUGGUGAAUUUAACGUUCCUUUCUCUGAUGUCCAAUCAACUGGUAGAGCUUCCUGCUGGCAUAGGAAAACUAAAGAAACUGGAGGAACUGAACCUGGCUGAGAAUAGGUUGGAAUCUUUGCCACCAGAGAUUGGUGGUCUGCAGAGCUGCACUGAGCUGGACUUGUCAGGGAACUGUAUCAGAGAGCUUCCAGAAACAACGUGUGAUUUAAUGUCCUUAAAACAACUUCAUGUGCAUAGUAAUUGGCUUGACACUGUACCAGCCGGCCUGGCCAGUCUGCCUCAGCUCUCCUGCCUGGACUUAAGGAAUAAUAGGUUGCGCUUUGUCCCUGUAGAAAUCUUAAAUUGCACCCAGGCUCGCCUUCAAGGGAACCCUAUUGGAGAACCAGAGGCUGAACCACCAAACCAAGAUGAUACCCACAGCUCCAAAAUAAGGAUUCUGUAUCUGAAAUUGAACGAUGACUGUUUUCCUGUCACACCGGAUGGAUGUAGGGUUUUCCUGCCAUGUGGCACCCAAAUUUAUUUUCCUCCUCUAGCUGUUUCUUCCACGCUCACCAUCUAUUUUCAGACACUACCUCCCGGUAAUAAGCAUGUCAGACUCAGUCACCAUGAUGUCUUGCUUAGUAGUGCUUUGGAGCUUCGGCCUCAUGGUAUCCAGUUCCACCAGGAUGUAGAAAUUGUUAUUCCUUGCAUUUCACCAAGGUCACUGCAAAAUCGUGAGAUAGUGAUCAGGACUUUUACUGACCAAAACUGGACUGACCUCCACACCACCACGUCUAUGAAGAGCAUCAGACAGAUGUGGGCUACUUGCAGGACUCCUCACUUCUCAUGGUUCAUUGUGGUCCUACGCUUAGUUGAAGAUUGCUGUAAGGUUCCAGCAGAGGGCAAGCUCCUUUUCUCCAGUGUGAGCCAACACAUUCGAGUUGACUUUCCAGCAGGUGCAACUGAAGAGACGAGAACUGUCCGCAUGCAGGUAUUACCAGUUAGAAAAAAUGUGGUGACCAAAAUCACAGAAGACCCUGAUUCUGUCACCAGCCCCCUCUUAUGUCUGUCACAAAGUUCAACUAACAAUUUCCUGAGACCCGUCAAAAUCCAACUGCCUCUUCCGCCAGGAGUCACAGGUGACAGUCUGGAUAGAUCUUGUUUGUUUCUCCUUCAUGGGGACUCACAAGCACAGACCUGGACAGAUAUAACCAGCCAGGUGGAGCUGGAGAUCUCUCAUAUCUAUGCACGAUUCCAUGUGGAUCACUUCUCUUGGUAUUGGCUCUGGUACACCACCAAAUCCUAUGUCAGUGAAUUAGCAAAGAACGUAUACAAGCGUGUACGCAUGUAUCAAGUCAACUUUGUGGCUUUGCAGAGAAAGAGGGACCCAGAGCAGGUGCUGCUUCAGUGCCUUCCAAAACACAAGGUGGACGUUACUAUUAAAAGGCUGCGGGACAGAUACAACGGCCCUGAGCCAUCAGACCUGGUCGAUCUUGUUGAAGGGGAGCAGUUUUUUGCAGCAUUUGAACAAGGCUUGAAACUUCAUUCAGAUCGCCCUGAUUGUAAGGAUGGCAGACUAUCCUUUAUAUUCUACUCGCGCAUGAAAAACAUGAAGGAGGUGUAUGUAACGUCAUCAUCUGAAAGGACGGAGAAACCUGUUAAAGGGCAGGUGUCUUUUUACCGUGGGUCAGUACCUGAAGGUUUGCCUGAUGAAGCAACAAAGCGCAGGAAAGGUUCACAUUCGGAAUGGAUGGCCACACUUCCACUCAAGCUGCCUAAACUUAAAGAACUUUACACGGAGACCACAAAACAAAGGAUCGAUCACUCUUUGCCUCCUUUAAACUUAGGCAAUGCUGAGAUGGGUUAUCUGACAGAAACUAACUUGCUUAGCAUUGCAAGGCAAAUUGGAACAGACUGGAUACAAAUCGGCAUGAACUUAGAUCUCAGCUAUGGGGACUUGGAACGCAUUAAACAUAAUAACAGGGAGGAUCUGGACAGGCAGAUUCUGGACAUGUUGUUCCUAUGGGCCAGAAGAAACUCUACUCAUCAGGACUGCGUGGAGAGACUGGUCAAAGCUAUGAAGGAGAGUAACCGUACCGACAUAGCAGAGGAGAUCCAAAAUAUUGUGACAUUGGGAAAGCAGAAGUAUUCAGAGUCCAUCCGUAGGAUUGGGUUGGACCAAGGAAACAGCAGUGAAGACUCUGCAAUUGCUUUGAGUCAGUGAUGACAAUCUCAAAAUAUUCCUUGGUUCUGUAAAGUUUUGUCUGGCAAAACUUUUCUCUGCCAGAUAGUGGUGAGCACGUAGGGCAGCAGCUCCAGCCA